UCUCUCUGACUCUCACCAAGAGCUGCUCUGACCACUGCCUCUCUCCGCAGGACCACUGCCUCACAAAGCCAAUACAAUGUGUAACCGAUUUGUGGGAACCUGGAAACUCGUCUCCAGUGAAAAUUUUGAUGACUAUAUGAAAGAAUUGGGAGUGGGCUUAGCUACCCGGAAACUAGGUGGCCUGGCAAAGCCUGAUGUGAUCAUCAGUAUGAAAGGGGACAUAGUAACCAUCAGAACUGAAAGCACCUUCAAAAAUACAAUGAUCUCUUUCAAACUGGGCCAGCAGUUUGAUGAAACGACAGCAGAUGACCGGAAAGUCAAGAGUGUCAUAACCUUGGAGAAGGGGGCAUUGGUGCAAGUGCAGAAGUGGAAUGGCAAAGAGACUACGAUAAAGAGAAGACUGGUUGAUGGGAAAAUGGUGGUGGUAAGUUCACGCUCUGUGUACGCUGAUAAAG